AUGAUACCUUCGCAAGGUGGCCGUGAGGGAUAUAAAGGUUCUCCCAACCCUCCGAGCAACAGCUCUGAGGACAAUGGCUUCGCUAAUCGACCUCGAGUGGCGGGCCUUUACGCGACGAACCUCUUCAGAGAAGAGCUCGUUCGAUUCUCGUCAGGAGAGACUACUCGAUCUCCUGGAACCACGCGAGAUAUUCUUGAAAGAUCGCCACGAGAGAUUGGAAGCCAGAGAAGUUUAAAUCUCCCUACGGGCAUUGCCGAAGAAUUUGAGCUGUUGGAUCGCUCACGGAUCGGGAUUUCGAGAACACCACAACCAUUGAGAAGGGGAGAGGUGACUGCUGCUCAUUACGAGCCCAUAUCUAGGUUCAGUGAAUCUACCAGACGAAAUCAUUAUGGAUCGCCACUUAUCGAAAGGAUUCGUUCCAGAGAACAAGAACAACAGGAAGAACACACUGGUCGUGUGUCCGGUCCCCUUCGAGGAUCCCUUCUUGAGUUUCCCCGCUCGGAUGAGACAAUAUGGAUGCAGUCGAAUAUUGAUAAUUCUAAAAUACCUGUUUCAACUAGUGAUUUUAUUAGAAGGAGAGGUCAAGAAGAUAGUUCAACUUUUGCUUCAACCUCUGCUUCGAUACUUAUUUCCCCUGCAAGCGAAACUAGCGAAUGUUGUCAUGCAAUCUCGCCUCCGGAAGUGGAAAAAUCAUCACCACCAGCAUACACAGGGCUCAGUCCGCCCGAAUACACGCGUCGCGAAUAUGAAAACAGUGAAACUCCCUCACCAAUUUUUCCAAAUUACCCGUUGCAAUCGUAUGCGGAAGAAACACGUCACAGGCAUUUGAGGUCGUCUAUCUCGGAUGCCGAGCUUGAAUUUUCGAUACACGAAGAACGUUUAAGAACCGAAAAUCGGUUCGAAUCAGUGGCCCCUGAACAGGAAGAAAUCUCGCUCGCCGGUAUAUCAAAGCAAACCGAGUAUCAAGAAUCGUUGGAAUCUAAAGUGAUUGUCGAGAAAUCGACGGACGAGAAUGUCUCAAGAUCUAAAGACGUCGCAAGGCUAAGACCUCCUUUAGCUGCAGCGGCAGGUGCUUCGGCCGAUUCUGGGACCGGCGAUUCUGGAAGCGCAGAAAUUCAAGUUGAUCCUCUGGGUACUCCAAGGACAGGAACCGCCGAUGAAAUUUCUGAUGGUAGAAAUCGAGCUGAAAACGGUAUCAACGUUAACAGAUCGACCAUAAAAACUCCAACUGGAAAUAAUAAACAAACGGUGAAGCUUUUUACAAAAGAAAGUCUCGACAGGUUGGAAAACAGAACCGUGCAGCUCGUUAGAGAUUAUGGCUUUCAACCAAAAAGACGAAUGUCGGUCCAAGAUGGUGCGGUGCUUCCAAAUAAAUACGAACCUUUUCCAACCGAACUUUACGGUAGGCCCCUCGAAGAAAUCGACAAUUUCAUCUACGACGAGACGUUUUGCGUGGUAUCGAAGAGAUUUCGUAAAAAUUACAUCCAUAGAUUUACAGCAACAAACAGUUGGUUCAUAUUUUCCCCAUGGAAUCCUAUAAGGCGGAAUUGUAUUUUCCUAAGCACGAAUCAGUACUUCGAUUAUACGGUCAUGACUACCAUAAUAAUAAAUUGUGUAUUCCUCGCACUAACGGAAACUAUCGAGGAAGCCGAAUAUAUAUUCUUAGCUAUAUAUACGGCCGAAAUGGUGAUCAAAUCAAUAGCCAAGGGAUUUGUGCUCAAUAAAUACACGUAUCUGCGAAAUCCGUGGAAUUGGUUGGAUUUCGUAGUGAUCACCAGUGGUUAUGCGACUAUAGGAAUGGAAGUAGGAAAUUUGGCUGGAUUGAGAACAUUCCGAGUAUUGAGAGCUCUCAAAACUGUUUCAAUUAUGCCUGGCUUAAAGACUAUCAUUAAUGCAUUGUUACAUAGUUUUAAGCAACUUGCCGAAGUAAUGACUCUCACGAUCUUUUGUCUGAUGGUUUUUGCACUUUUUGCUCUGCAAGUUUACAUGGGUGAACUUCGUAAUAAAUGUGUAAAAAAUUUGGAAUUCAAUAGUACGGAAGUCGAUUGGAGGGAGUGGACUUGGAAUUCUUCCAACUGGGCAUUCGAUGAAUAUGAAGAACCAAUAAUUUGUGGUAACGCAACUGGCGCCAGGCACUGUAACGAGAGUUAUAUCUGUCUUUGUGUUGGCCCAAAUCCAAACCAUGGGUAUACAAACUUUGAUAAUUUCCUGUGGUCGAUGCUCACCACAUUUCAGCUGAUUACUUUGGAUUACUGGGAAGACGUCUACAAUAAGGUAUUGUCGGCGUGCGGACCUAUUAGCGUCUCGUUCUUCACGGUGGUCGUGUUUUUUGGUUCAUUUUAUUUGAUCAAUUUGAUGCUCGCAGUCGUUGCGCUGAGCUACGAAGAAGAAGCUGAAAUUACAAAUGAGGAACGAAGGAAAGAUUUAACCGACCAUCGCGAGGACUCGACGUUUAGUUUCGACCCGACAAAGAUUAAUGUCAAGACGCUUGCCAAAGAAAAGCAGAAGAAAUUAGACGCGAGAAAGGGCGUUCUUUUAAGCAGUUACACGCGUAAAAAAACACGGAGAAGAAGACGUGGAAGAAGCACUGUUGGCUCCAACUCAUCCGGUCAAGACAAAAGUGGCUCUAUCCCAAGCAGGUCAGUGACACCGAGCCCGAGUCCAAGUCCAAGACAUUCAAAUGUUCGACCAUCUCAUUUAGUCUUGCAAAAUGUCAGUCCACGAACAGUGGAUAAUAACGCGGUUCAUAGAUUAGCACCAAAUCGUGGAAUGCUUCAUUCUCGACAAGCAAGUAAUAACAGUAAUCAACAAUCGUCUUUAGACGAUUCGGGCGUUGUCGACGAUCACGAUGGAGACGAUGUUACAUCUGUAGAAGAACAACACGAUAGACGCGAUAACAAAGAAUCUAGAGCUGAUUGGUCAGAGAAAACACCUACUAAUAAUAACGGCGAUCUCAACGUUGAAAACACCGAUGAUAAUGGAAAUGAAACGAGAAAUGAAACUAGCAAUGAAACUGAAAUAGACGAUGAACGAGAAAACUCACAGCCAACUCGUUCCAGAUAUCUUCGAGAACCUACAAAUGUUCCUGCCUCUCUUGUUAGCGGAACUACUCGAGAAAUUAAAGUGUUUAAAUGUAAUGGUGUAAAAACAAAGAAGCAAAUGUACACCUUGCCACCAGAAUAUUUAUCACACAUUGUUAUUUUAGAUGAUCUUCCGGAUAGAAAUUGUGAAAAGUGCAUCCAAUGCUGUAUAGAUUACGAGGGUUGGCUACGAUUUCAGAAUUGUUUAUACAAGGUAGUGAGAGAUCCACUAUUCGAGUUGACGAUCACACUGUGCAUCGUUCUGAAUACCGGCUUUUUGGCAAUGGAACAUCACGGAAUGAGCGAGUCGAUACGACAAGCUCUGAACAUCGGUAAUAAAGUGUUUACCAGUAUCUUCACCUUCGAAUGCUUGCUGAAGCUGUUGGCGCUGAGUAAAGAUUUCUUCGCCAACGGAUGGAACAAUUUCGAUUUGAUAAUAGUAUCAGCGUCUCUGAUAGAUCUUACCUUUGAACUGGUAGACGGUCUGUCUGUGCUACGCGGUCUGAGGCUUUUGCGAGUCUUAAAAUUGGCACAAUCCUGGACAACGAUGAAGGUUCUUCUCAGUAUUAUUAUUUCAACAAUUGGCGCUCUUGGAAAUCUUACCUUAGUUUUGGUGAUUGUGAUUUACAUAUUUGCCGUGAUCGGUAUGCAAUUAUUCGGCAAAGAUUACACUUUGGAUAAGUUUUAUCCUGAUCCGGUACCACGGUGGAACUUUAACGAUUUCUUUCACUCGUUUAUGAUGAUAUUUCGUAUACUUUGCGGAGAAUGGAUAGAACCUUUGUGGGAUUGCAUGCGAGCAGAACAGGAAGACGGGCCAGAAGCUUGUUUCGCCAUAUUUUUGCCAGCUCUAGUAAUGGGCAAUUUUAUGGUGUUGAAUCUUUUCCUUGCUUUGCUACUCAACAGCUUUAAUUCAGAAGAGCUGAAACAGAAGAAGGAGGAGGUCGGCGAAGACUCAAAACUUGCAAGAUCGUUUGAUCGUAUCCGUUCAAUUAUACGGAAAAAUAAAUGCUCGCGAGUGACUCAAGUUGGUGGAAAGGCGAAAGGCAAAGAUCCUCGUUUGGAGAAGAUCGUGCGACGUGUAAUGGAUCGAUCCGACAGUGAGACUAAGUAUGCUAUUCAAGAGACUGUGCUCAGCCUUCCAAGAGACAAUGUAUACAAUAGAUCUUAUCAAGAAAGUUUAAAUCAACCUGUGUUUACUUACGAUCCGGCGUACUCUCAGUCUCAAACAGAAGAACAAAAGUAUGUACAAUGGGAAAAGGAACAAGAAACGACUGAUUCCCAAUUUGACGUGGACAGUUCAAAUAAGAAAAAAGAAAUCGAAUCAAAAGAAAGUAAUUCGGAGGAGUGUCAAGAUCUCGAGAUCGUGAAAGAUUCGUCUUCGAAUAAAGCACCCAUAGAGGAGAGAACUGCGAUGCUGCCUCGAGAAGAUCCUUUUCCUAAACACGAGGAUCGAAUACCGAAACGACCGUGGCAUGCGCUUGUUAGUUACGUUGAUGAACUUACUGUUGGCGGUAGAAGAGAUAGUAAAGGAAAAUACAUAGAUGGUAUGGGAUCUUUUCCCGGGUUUGGAAGAAAUAACCGGCGCAAAACACCACAAGAUUGCUUUCCUCGACAAUGUUAUGAGAAGUGUACCUGCAUUGAUCGGUGUAUUGCAACGGCUAUUGGCAAAAAGUGGAUCAAACUGCGAACAAUGAUUCUCUCAGUCGUUGACACACCUGCCUUCGAAUGGAUGAUUCUAGUUUUCAUUUUUGCAUCUUCUAUAACGCUUUGUUUCGAAGAUAUUUACCUAGAUGAUAAUCCUUUUUUGAAGAAAAUUCUCUAUUGGACCAAUCUUGGCUUCUGUGCGCUUUUCAGUAUUGAAAUGUUACUCAAGUGGCUAGCUCUGGGUUUCUGCAAAUAUUUCACCAGUUUUUGGACGAUAUUGGAUUUCAUAAUUGUUUUCGUAUCAACAUUUAGUCUGUUGAUAGAGGAAAACGAAAACUUGAAGGUGUUAAGAUCUCUAAGAACUUUACGAGCAUUGAGACCAUUAAGGGCGAUAUCGAGAUGGCAAGGCAUGAGGAUCGUAGUGAACGCGUUGAUGUAUGCGAUACCUAGUAUAUUCAACGUGCUCCUCGUCUGUCUCGUGUUCUGGCUGAUAUUUUCUAUUAUGGGUGUACAAUUUUUUGGCGGGAAAUUUUUCAAAUGUGUUGACGAGUAUGGUGAAUUAUUAGAUAUAUCGAUUGUAAACACAAAGAACGAUUGUCUGAGGAAAAAUUACUCUUGGGAGAAUAGUAAAAUUACGUUUGAUCAUGUGGGAAUAGCUUACCUAGCUUUAUUCCAAGUAGCUACUUUCGAAGGAUGGAUGGAGGUGAUGCAGGAUGCAGUAGACGCAAGAGGUGUAGAUCUUCAGCCUCAAAGAGAAGCAAACAUCUACGCAUAUGUCUACUUUGUGAUAUUUAUCGUUUGUGGCUCCUUUUUUACUCUGAAUCUCUUUAUCGGAGUAAUUAUAGACAACUUUAAUAUGUUAAAGAAAAAGUACGAAGGUGGGGUGCUAGAAAUGUUUUUGACCGAAAGUCAAAAGCACUACUACACUGCCAUGAAAAAACUCGGCCGUAAAAAGCCACAAAAAGUGAUAAAGCGUCCGAUGAAUCAAAUCCUCGCAAUGUUUUACGACUUAUCGAAUUCACGCAGAUUCGAAAUAGCAAUUUUCAUUUUAAUAUUCCUCAACAUGCUAACAAUGGGAAUCGAGCACUACGAUCAGCCUCAUCCAAUUUUCUUCGUCCUCGAAGUAUCGAACGCAUUUUUCACGACCGUUUUCGGCUUAGAAGCAAUCGUGAAAAUAAUAGGACUACGAUAUCAUUAUUUCACGGUGCCAUGGAACUUGUUCGAUUUCCUCCUUGUGCUGGCUUCAAUUUUAGGAAUAUUAAUGGAGGAUAUUAUGGUAGACUUUCCGGUGUCCCCGACGCUCCUGCGAGUCGUGAGAGUGUUCAGAAUCGGUAGAAUCUUAAGGCUUAUAAAAGCUGCAAAAGGUAUUCGCAAACUGCUGUUCGCUCUGGUGGUUAGUCUUCCGGCGCUGUUCAACAUCGGUGCCCUAUUAGCUCUGAUUACUUUUAUUUAUGCCAUUAUCGGCAUGUCAGUUUUUGGUCAUGUUAAGAAACAAGGCGCGCUCGAUGACAUGGUAAAUUUCGAAACUUUUGGUAGAAGCAUGCAAUUACUGUUUCGAUUAAUGACAUCAGCCGGUUGGAACGAUGUAUUAGAAUCUUUGAUGGUACAACCACCGGAUUGCGAUCCGACUCCAACUAGUCGGCAACUGAAUGGAAAUUGUGGAUAUCCUCUCUUAGCAAUAACCUAUUUUACUUCCUUCAUCAUAAUCAGCUACAUGAUUGUUAUCAAUAUGUACAUUGCUAUUAUUCUCGAGAACUUUAAUCAGGCCCAUCAAGAAGAAGAAAUCGGUAUCGUCGAGGAUGAUCUAGAAAUGUUCUAUAUACGAUGGUCUAAGUACGAUCCGCACGCGACACAGUUCAUAAACUUUUCGCAAUUAAGCGAUUUCAUAGCGAGUCUGGAUCCACCAUUAGGAAUAUCGAAGCCUAACAUGGUUGCGUUAGUCAGCUUCAAUCUUCCUAUUGCAAAAGGUAAUAAGAUUCAUUGUCUGGACAUUCUGCACGCACUUGUCAAGCACGUUCUUGGACACGUCGAGGAGUCCGAAGAUUUUCGGAAACUACAAGAACAAAUGGAUAUAAAGUUUAAGAAACAAUUUCCUACGCGUAAAGAACUUGAAAUUGUUUCUUCUACGAGGAUAUGGAAGCGUCAGGAUAAAGCCGCUAGAUUGAUUCAACGUACCAUUAGAGACUAUGUAACGAUGAAGAAAGAACGCGAAAGAAUGGCACAUGAAGUGGACUCGCAGACUCAAACGUCAAGUCCUGGUGUUGGGAACGAGGGUAGGGGUGGGGGUGGAUGGAGUGGCAAAGUAUCGGCCUUUCUACAUGUACAUAGAGGUAGCCGAGCCAGUAGCCGCAAGUCCUCGAGGGCCAGCGACGCCAGCGAUUUCAGCGAGCUCGGUACAGCCUCGGCGUGGCUUUUCCCAAACUUACCUCUGCUGUUGCUCUCCGGCGCCACCGGUACUCAUGAGGACCUGCCUCCUCCCGCUCUGACCGUAUCCCGUCCCUCGCCGACUACAGAACAACAAUCGUUUGCCGGUUCCUCUGUUGCUAGUGCUACUUCCUCUGAUCUACAUGCCAGAUCGAUCGCGGGACCGACACUCGGCCGACAAAAUGCCGUUGAAAGUUAUCCCGAUGAGGAAGUCCCCAGUCUUCCUACAAAGCGCAGGUCACUUCCGCCAAGCGCUACAACACUUUCUCUAAACACCUUGCAUCGUGAUAUCAAAGAAGCAUUUAGCAAACGUUGCGGUAGCCUCCGAAAGAAACAUCAACCAGCACCCGAACCAGCUCCGCAGCCAAUUGAAUCUACCGAUGUAAGCAUACUCGUUACGGAACCUAGUCCAGAAAAUUCAGCGCCGCCUUCGAAACCGGCACUACUUAGACGACAAUCUGCCGCCACGGUCGUUCAUGUCCUUGUUCACAGGGAGAGUGAAGAAUAUCGAGAUACACAACUCGACGAUGCCAGUUGAUCUUAGAUCGUUAUACUCGAUACCUUUUUGAAAUCACUUUAACGAGAAGCUAGAUUAAAAGCCACCGAAAUUUUGUUGUUAUCGCGUUACGGCGACCUUGAAUCUCAUCCGAUUCCCUCUCCUC